AAUGCCAAGCUAACGUGAAAGCGGCUCGGUUGGUCGUGUUGACAAGCGUCUGUAUCAAAUCCAGAGAAGGGAUUUUAAACAGUCGAUUCACUUUGAAUAUAUGUAACGGAUCAUAAAAACGCAUUUACACAACACUCCAAACAGGGGGCAGAUGACUCCAUUGUCAGUUCACGGUUUCAUCGGCCUUUGCUUCCCUGACGAGUAAACGCUGGAUGUCAGGCGAAGAUGGAUGUUUAUUUCACUGUGUAACUGCAGCCUUUGAUUUGUGGGACCCUGCCGCCAGAUGACCAGUGGACCUCACUGUUCAACAUGAAACCUGUCGGUUAUCAAAGCAUCCCAUCAUCUGUGAAUGGUGGACAUCAGAACUUGCCCUUGGAUCGUGUAUUAAGCACUUCAAAUGUGAUGUAUUGUGAGAAAUGUGGAUUUGCUUCUGCAGACGCUGCAGUGUUUAAGAAGCAUAUGAUUGAACACAUGGGGACAAGAUUUUACUGUUUUUAUUGCAACAAUGUCUCAUUCAGUGAGGCAGAGUUAAAUGCACACCUGAAACAACAUACUGCAAAAUAUCCAUUCAAAUGUCCUCACUGUGGACAGGGCUAUAUGAGGAGGCUGUGCCUUGUGAAGCACAUUGAGCGUCUGCAUAGUAAAAGCAUUAGUCAAGGACCUGCUAAGCCUGGCAUGGCUAAAACUUCUCAUGUGCCUGUCUCCAGUGCCUUACCAAGUGUGCCCACCGCUGAUCCGUCAUCAGUUCGACCAGCUGUCCGGGUGACAAUACCCACCCUGAGUGCACCUGCAGUCAGACUGGGCAAAGAUGAACAGAGGGGGAAAACACUGGACACAAAUGUAUCAAAUGGCACGAAUGGAAAUACAGAACGUUUGUCCCCUUUGAGUGGACUCAUUCAGCACAACAGGGCGCUAACAGUUUCUCUUCCAGAGGAAGUAACAAUCCCUGCUGGCUGCUUGGUUGAACUUGUUGAGGUGAAAACUGUUAAUGGGACAAAGGAGCUUAAAUUGAGGCUCGUCACUCAACAAGAAAAUGAGUCUGUGAUAAAAGACACAAGGACCACAGUCUCUCAAAACACUGCUAUGGGGAAGCCAUUAUCAUCUACACUAAAUCAUCCAAACACAGUGAAGUCUCUGAGUAUGGGGAUGUGCACAGUCAACAGGAAACAGUGUGAAACAAAGACAGUGAAUGUGGAGCGUCCUGCUGUUGUCCCAGUCAGUAUUUCCAAAAACCUUCCGAAUCAAGGAAGCAAAGAAAAGAGUGGAUUCAAAAGACCAUCACAAGAAAUAAUCAACUUGGAGUGCAACACAGUCAUUCCAAACAAGCUUCCCAAAAGUAUCCUCAAUCCUGUAAGAGACGGAAAUAGUGGGAUCAGAGUUGCAACAAGAGAAGCUGUAAAUCAUAAUGCAGCUCCUCCGACUGUUAUCACCACCAGGGUUGCCAACAGGUUGUCUAGCACCCUGCAUCCAGACAACAUGGCAACUGGUGUUUCUCAGAGAGCAGUGGAGGAGAGGAAGAAUUUAAUUCCAGAGCAUUCCCAGAGUAUCUUAGCCCGGAGAGCAAGUGACACAAAAAACAUCCCCAGAGAUGUGUCGAUGGCUGUGAAGCUGGAACCCGGGGAGAUCCGCCACAGGAACAACAUUGCUUCAAAAACAAUGAAAGAUGCAGUGAGCUCUAACCAGCAAAGUCUGAAAUCAGCUUCUCUUUCCUUGAGUGUUCCCUCAGCUGCAGCUGUCCAAGUGAGACCGCCAGCGAUUUCGGCAUGUAAGGAUAAUGUUGUCACAAAUCAAUCUUUCCCAACACUCAGGACUCUAAAUGAGCCCUCAACCGUCAAAGCCCCUUUGCUUUGUAAUCAUUUAAAUUCAAAGAUUUCAGCUUGGACCCCAGUCAGAACCAUUGAGAGAGCAGGAGAAGUAGACAUGCCAGAACCUGAGGGUUUUCCAGUAAUUUCAUCUGUGUUCUCUUUAAGUCAACAACCAGAGGAGGCCCAAGGCUCCAUUCAGCCUCUUGUAAUGGCUCUGCGUGGCAUAGUGAUGGAUAAAAGUGACAGUUCUGGCACUACACCUCAAGAUCACAUCAAGAUGACAAACAACACAGAACAGGUGAAGGAGGCACCGAAAUCAGGGUACUGCGCUCCGAUUCCCGCAAAAGAUGGAUCCUUCAUCUGUGAUCCUUUACCGAGAGAGCAGACCACUGACUCUGUAAAAGUAGAGGAGUAUGAUAAAGGGAUCCAGCAUCCUCCUGCACUGAUUAACAACCACUUCCAUGUCAAGAAGGAAACAAAGAGCACUACGCCAAAAGAUGAUAAUAAAUGCAGUCACACACCUGAUUCUAAAUCUUCAACAGAUCAGGAAUCUGCUUCUAAAAUAGAUCCUCUACAGCAAAUGGCAAAAAGUGAGCAUGACAUCUCCUCAAAGUUCCUCACUGUCUCUCUGAAAAGGGUACAAGUAGGCAUGUGGAAAAAAAGUAAGAAAGGACUGAAACUUAGAAUAUCCAAAUGUAAGACACAUUUACCUAUGGGCAGUGUAACUGAUUGUGCAGUUAUUUACCCGAUGCCGCUGAAGGUGGACCAGCUGGUGAAACGACCAGGCCCCAACCAGCCCGUAGUGGUACUCAAUCACCCAAAGCCCCGGUCCCCUGUACAGGGAGCGAGAGCAGACACUUUCGCUGACACAGGAGCCUCUGAGGUGGUUCCAAAGUGCCAAAUCUUAAAAAUGAGGCUGAGCAAAGUGAUGGGACAGAAAUAUGAAGUGAUGGGGUGCACUGUCAGAGUCUUUCCAUGAAUUUAUUGGACAACGCAUCAAUGGAAAGAAGUGUACAUUUAUUUGGAAAUAACUAGUAUUACAAUGGGAAUAUGCUGACUUAAAAAAAACUGACACAAUAUUGAGGCAGUUGUUUUCUUUUGUGAGCAUUAGAUUUAUCACUGAACAUUGUUAUAUGUUUGUCUAUAUAGGCAUGGGAUACGGAUUAUUCAAGUGCAAUGCAGUUUUGACUGCUUUUUCAUUGAAUAUGGACCAUCUGCUGUAGUAGAUUGCCGUCAGUAAUACACAGAUGUUAAAAACUGUUAAAGAAGUUUGAGAAACCAGUAGAUCUGCCAGAGUUAAGGCAUUAACGCAUGCUGUUUAUUUAAAAUGAUGUCUUUUUUAUUUCUGUUUUGUUUGCAUCAGUAAGGUUUCACGGUUUAUUUGGUCCCAUUUAAAAUGCAAGCUCAAGUAGAUGCAAUAUGUGCAGCACACCUGAGUUUAUCAAAGAUGCAUUCAGAAUAAAAACAGUGCCAUUUAUAAUAUAAAUAAAGCCAUUGAUUUUGCCAAUAUUAAUGAUGGAAAAAUCAGUGGUUUCUUUGUUUGUUGUGUUGGUAGGUAGUUGUGUAGACACUUAUGUGGCAAUUCAAGAGUUGCAUCCAAAAAGUAUACAUUUCAACGCUGAUAACUGGGACACAUUUCAAAGGCUUCUCCAAGUUUGACCUGAGAAAUGUGGCUUUCUUAGAGAUCACAGUGUUUUACUGGGUUGGUCACUUGUUUGGUGGUGUGUUCAGGCACUCCUUGCAAACUCAUAUUUGGGAAGUAUUACAUGACUGUUGUGUUUUUCAGAUGGUCAUCAGUCACUGGUAAGUUCAUCAAAUGAAUUGGGCCAAUGAAAAAGCCACUGCUAGUUGUAAAUACUUCACACCUGUGUGUGGAAUUUGCACGUUCUCCCCAUCUCUGCAUGGGUUUCCUCUAGGCAAGUCCAAAACAUGCAGGUUUGGUUAAUUGUUUGUCUCUAUAAGUCAGCCCUGUGAUAGACUGGCCACUUGUCCAGGGUAUACUUCAUCUUUUUCCCCAGUGUCAGCUGGGAUUGGCUUCAGUCGUAAUGAAAAGGUGGAUGCAGGUGUAAAUAGGGAAAGCUAGGCAUAAACACCAGCACUUGUUACAAUAUUGAAUAUAAGAAAUGGAGGUUUGCAAGUUGUCCGUUGUAUGUUGUGAGAAGUGAAAUGUCACAGUUGUACUGUAAACUUUUCCCAACAGUACUUUGCUGGCCAUUGAUAAACUUGAAUGUUUUUUGCGUUACCAUUAGACCAGGAGUGCCUGAAUGCACUGUUAUUUUUGGUUUCUGUGAGGCUAGAGCCUAAUAAACUCUAAUACUGAUGAAUGAGAAAGAUGAACUUAUUAAUGGCUAUUUAUCUGUUUAAAACGCUGCCAGAGAGCUUAAAGGGCAAAAGUAGUCUUAAAUAAUCAUGGUGAUUUUUUAAAAAAAUAUUGUUCAGUCUUAUUUUAACCUGAACUUGAGCAUUACUGUAUACUUUUUAUUAUUUCUACCACAUAUGUUUUUCAUGGAUCUGAUGAGUAAUUAAUUACAGAUGUUUGUGACUAUUUGAGCUACAGCCCUAGAAACCAGUGUUAAUUCCAUGAAAUCCUCUUGGAUCAUUGUUUGUCUUUGUGUCGUACAGUUUGCAAUGUUGCCAUAAUUCAGAAAAAAACGAGGACCCUUAAACAAAACCCAGCUUACAACCUGUUAAAAACUAUUGUAUAUUUUUCAAAAAUCAUGAAAAGGACAUAAGCAACCUUCUGUCCUUAUACUUUGCAGAUCUGUUUCUCUUCUUAACAGCAGCAUUAUGACACCUGUGUCUUCUUGUUUAUAAUGUAAUCAUGAUGUAUGAGGUGCUAGACCUAUGAUUAAAUUUAUAGGUUUUGGUUGCCCAUAGUUUUUAUUGUGUAUAUACUUUUUGGUCACCCACAGAUUUUAUUGUGUAUAUACCUAUGAAAACAAAACGUGAUGACUGGUGUUCCUAAUCAGUAGGGGAUGGUUAACAUUCCACUGCCUCUUCUGCAACAGCAGUUAUGUUGUGCUUUUCUUUUCUUACAUUGCAGUGUUUGAAGCUGCUGCGCAGUCUUUGUUAUAUAUAAUCAUUUUAAAGGUGUUUGACUGUUUGUUUUUUUUGAUACUUUACUUUGCCUUUCAUUCACUCCUUAUUUGUGUGAGAAUUAUUCAUGUUGCAGUUUAAACUGUUCUUGGUUUUACUAAAUUCAGUGUUUAUCAUUAUUGUGUUCCCCAUGCUUUUAUAAACUAUUGUGUAACACCUUUUUCAUUUAAAACAAAGUAAAUAUGAUCACGAUUUUUA